AUGGAGAGGUUAAGAUCGAAGAUGAUCGAGUCUGUCCUCAUCUCGAAUGUUCUUUGGCCACUGGGCAACAAACGAAGCAAAAAUAACAAUGGUGGCAUGAAGCCUAUGAAGAGCGCCAUAAAGCUGAUCUUGGUAACAGUCUUGUGGUCACAAUCUGUGUUAGGACGUUCCACAAGAUGUCCUUUGAAGCAAAACUUCCUGAAAUACUACCCGGAUGAUCCAGAAGCUCAAACGGAGUGUAUAGCGUGUCCUGAAUGCCCGCCAGGGCUAGGACUCGUACCACAAUGUGGUUCCAAGAUCACUAACUACACCACUAUUAAAUGCGAACCAUGUCAACUGAAUAAGACAUUUUCAGACAAUCAUGGCUUUGAGAGUUGUAGAUCCUGCCACGACUGUGGCUUAAAGAACGUUAUUCAGCAGUGCACCCCGUCUCAAAAUCGUAAAUGCGGCACUAAGUGCCCUGAAAGAUAUUACCUCGACGAAAAUGGUUUCUGUCAAGAGUGCUACUUUUGUUGUCCCAGUGUGGACGAAACAGGUAGAAUAAAGAAAUGUAAAGAAAUUGGAAUGGGAGAAGACUGGCAGUGUCUCAAGAAUCACCAAAACAAGCUCUGCAAGGAAGCUUUGGAAAAUUCUGCAGAAGCUAGUGUUGAUACAAUUAAUACCACGGCUGUUACUCUUCUUCCUGGUCACAAUUUUGAAGCGGAGAGCACUUCUAAUGAUAAUGUCAGGAAACCUACUGCAUCAUCAGAAAAUGUUACAUCAGAUGGAGAUAUAACACCUUCAAUAAUAGUUGGGAUGAUCAUGAUACUGAUUGCCCUAGUGCUUAUUGUUGCUUUAUACAGAUUUAAAAGAAUCGUGUCAUGUAGGAAUGGUUCAGCACUGUAUUCUGAAGGUAAGAGAGAGUUAUGCCUUGCAACACUGUUGUCAUCUUUUUUGAGGGUAGCAUCUUAG